AUGGACUGGAAAUUGGAAGGGAGUACUCAGAAAGCAGAGUCACCUGUGCAGCAGGGACAAGAAGCCAUCCUAGAGGAGACAGGUGAUGAUGGACUUCCUGAAGGCUUCCAACUUCUGCAGAUUGAUGCGGAAGGCGAGUGCCAGGAGGGAGAGACCCUGGCUGCGGGCAGUACAGCAUGCUGCUCAAAAAAUGUACAGAGAAAACAGAGACACUGGGAAAAGAUAGUUGCAGCAAAGAAGAGCAAAAGAAAGCAAGAAAAAGAACGAAGAAAAGCCAAUCGUGCAGAAAAUCCAGGCAUCUGUCCUCAGCACAGCAAACGUUUCCUGAGAGCUUUAACCAAAGAAAAACUUUUGGAAGCCAAACACUCAGGACCAAGACUAUGUAUCGAUUUGAGUAUGAGCCACCACAUGUCAAAGAAGGAAUUAAGUAGACUGGCUGGACAGAUUCGAAGGUUGUAUGGUUCAAACAAAAAAGCUGAUAGGCCAUUUUGGAUCUGCCUCACUGGAUUCACAAGAGACAGUCCCAUUUAUGAAGAGUGUUUGAGGAUGAAUGAUGGAUUUUCUAGUUACCUGUUAGACAUAACAGAAGACGACUGCUUUAGUUUAUUUCCUCUGGAAACCCUUGUGUACCUGACUCCUGACUCAGAACAUGCUCUUGAAGAUGUUGAUCUAAACAAAGUUUACAUCCUCGGUGGACUUGUGGAUGAAAGCAUUCAGAAGAAGGUGACAUUUCAAAAGGCCCGGGAAUACUGUGUCAAGACUGCACGCUUGCCAAUCCAGGAAUACAUGGUCAGAAACUAUAAUGGGAAAAACUAUCAUUCGGAGAUAUUAGCAAUCAAUCAAGUGUUUGAUAUCCUGUCCACUUACUUAGAGACUCACAACUGGCCUGAAGCAUUGAAGAAAGGAGUUUCUUCAGGAAAAGGCUAUAUUCUUCGGAACUCAGUGGAAUGAUGGGCCUAAAGAGUGCAGCUGUGUGGCAAGACUUCCACCAAGAUGGCUGAAUAGGAACAGCUCCAGUCCGCAGUUCCCAGUGACAACUGGGAGAAGCCAGAAGGUAAGUGAUCUCCACAUUGCCAACUGAGGUACCAGAUUGAUCUCAUUGGAACUGGUUAGACAGUGGAUGUAGCCCAAGUAGGGCAAACCGCAGGAUGGGGCAUUGCCUCACCCUGGAAGCACAAGGGUCUGGAGAACUCCCUCUCCUAGCCAAGAGAAGAAGCCAUUAGGGACUUUUCCAGACACUCUGGCUCACAUACUGUGCCUUUCCCAUAGUCUUCACAAUCUGCAGACCAGGAGAAUCCUUCCGGUGCCUGUAACACCAGCACCCCAGGCUUCCAGCACAAUACUGGUGGCCGUUUUAACUGCAGCAUUUUUUUCCCUCAUACCCCACUGGUGCCUGAACGCCAGAGAGACAAAACUGCUCAUUCCCCUGAAAAAAAAAAAAGGGGGGCCUUAAGCCAGGGAGCCAAGUGAUCUUGCUUGGCAGGUCCCACCCCUAGGAAGACCAGCAAGAUAAGAUUUACUGGCUUGAAAUUCUCGCAGCCAGCCCAGCAGUCUGAGCUCCACAUGGGAUGUUCCAGCUCAGUGGGGCAGGGGCGUCUACCAUUACUGAGGCUCAGGUACGUGGUUCUAACCUCACCUUGUAAACAAAGACACCGGGAAGUUUACACAGCAACUGGGCAGAGCCCACAGCAGCUCUGCAAGGCCUCUGCAGGCAGACUGUGACUAGACUCCUUUCUUGCUGGACAGGGCUUCUCUGAAAAAAGGCAGCAGCCUGUCAGGGACUCAUAAAUAAAGCCCCCACUUUCCUGGGUCAUAGCACCUGGGAAAAGAUGGUUGUGGGUUCCACUUCAGCAGAAUUAAAACGCCCCUGCCCAGCAGCUCUGAAGGGAGCAACUGAGUUCCCAGCACAGAACUUGAGCUCUGAUAAGAGAAAGACUGGCUCUUCAAGUGGUUCCCUGACCCCCGUUUAUCCUAAGAGAUACCUCAUACAGGAGAGCUCUGGCUGACAUCUGGCAGGUACCCUUCUGGGACAAAGCUACCAGAGGAAGGAACAGGUAGCAAUCUUUGCUGUUCUGCAGCCCCCACAGGUGAUUCCCAGGCAAGCAGGGUCUGAUGUGGACCUGCAGCAGAGGGGCCUGUUAGAAAAACUAAAAAACAAAGAAAUAGCUUCAACAUCAAUAGAAAGGAUGUCCACUCAGAGACCCUAUCCAAAAGUCACCAAUUUCAAAGACCAAAGAUAGAUAAAUCCACAAAGAUGGGAAGAAACCAGUGAAAAAAGGCUGAAAUUGCCAAAAACCGGAAUGCCUCUUCCCCUCUAAGGGACCACAACUCCUCAUCAGCAAGGGAACAAAACUGGAUAGAGAAUGAGUUGGACAAAUUGACAGAAGCAGGCUUCAGAAGGUGGGUAAUAACAAACUUCUUCAAGCUAAAGGAGCAUGUUCUAACCCAAUGUAUAGAAACUAAGAACCUUGAAAAAAGGUUAGAUGAGAUGCUAACUAGAAUAACCAGCAUACAGAAGAACAUAAACAACUUGAUGGAACUGAAAAACAGCACAAGAACUUCAUAAAGCAUACACAAGUUUCAAUUGCCAAAUCAAUCAAGUGGAAGAAAGGAUAUCAGAGAUUGAAGAUCAACUCAAUGAAAUAGAGUGAGAAGGCAAGAUCAGACAAAGAGUGAAAAGAAAUGAACAAAGCCUCCAAGAAAUAAUGAGAUUACACAAAAAGACCAAAUCUACUUUUGAUUGGUGGACCUGAAUGUGAUGGGGUGAAUGAAACCAAGUUGGAAAACACUCUUCAGGAUAUUAUCCAGGAGGACUUCCCCAACCUGGCAAGGCAGGCCAACAUUCAAAUUCAGGAAAUACAGAGAACACCAUAAGACUGCUCAAGAAGAGCAACCCCAAGGCACAUAAUCAUCAGAUUCACUAGGGUUGAAAUGAAGGAAAAAAUGCUAAGGGCAGCCAGAAAGAAAAGUUGGGUUACCCACAAAGGGAAACCCAUCAGACUCACAGCUGAUCUCUUGGCAGAAACCCUACAAGCCAGAAGAGAGUGGGGGCCAAUAUUCAACAUCCUUAAAUUUUCAACCCAGAAUUUCAUAUCCAAAUUAAGCUUCAUAAGUGAAGGCAAAUAAAAUCCUUUGCAGACAAUCAACUGCUGAGAUUCUGUUGCCACCAGGCCUGCCUUAAAAGAGCUCCUGAAGGAAACAACUAAACAUGGAAAGGAACAACCAGUAACAGCCACUAUAAAAACACACCAAAUUGUAAAAACCAUCGACAGUAUGAAGAAACUAUCAACUAACAGGCAAAACAACCAGUUAGCAUCAAAAUGGCAGGAUCAAAUUCACAUAUAUUAACCUUAAACGUAAAUGGGCUAAAUGCCCCAAUCAAAAGACCCAGACUGCAAAACUGGAUAAAGAGUCAAGACCUAUCGGUGUGCUGUAUUCAGGAGACCCAUGUCAUGUGCAAAGACACACAUAGGCUCAAAACAAAGGGACAGAAGAUUUACCAAGCAAAUGGAAAGGAAAAAAAAAAAAGCAGGGGUUGCAAUCCUAGUCUCUGAUAAAAUGGACUUAAAACCAAUAAAGAUCAGAAAAGACAAAGAAGGGCAUUACAUAAUGGUACAGAGAUCAAUGCAACAAGAAGAGGUAAAUAUCCUAAAUAUAUAUGCAGCCAAUACAGAAGCACCCAGAUACAUAAAGCAAGUUCUUAAUGACCUACAAAGAGACUUAGACUCCCACACAGUAAUAGUGGGAGACUUUAACACGCCACUGUCAAUAUUAGAUCAACGAGACUGAAAAUUAACAAGGAUAUCCAGGACUUGAACUCAGAUCUGGACCAAGCAAACCUAACAGACAUUCUUCUCAGCACCACAUCACACUUACUCAAAAACUGACCACAUAAUUGGAAGUAAAUCACUUUUCAGCAAAUGCAAAAGAAUGGAAAUCAUAACAAACAGUAUCUCAGACCACAGUACCAUCAAAUUAGAACUCAGGAUUAAUAAACUCACUCAAAACCACACAACUACAUGGAAACUGAACAAUCUGCUCCUGAAUGACUACUGGAUAAAAAAAUGAAAUGAAGGCAGAAAUAGAUAUGUUCUUCAAAACCAAUGAGAAAAAAAAAAACCAGAAUCUCAGAAAAAAGUGUACCAGAAUCUCUUGGAGACAUUUAAAGCAGUGUCUAGAGGGAAAUUUAUAGCACUAAGUGACCACAUGAGAAGUGAGCAAAGAUCUAAAAUCAACACCUAAAGUCUGGAUUAAAAGAGCUAGAGGAGCAAGAUCAAAUUCAAAAGCCAGCAGAAGACAAGAAAUAACUAAGGAUCGGCCAGGCACGGUGGCUCAAGCCUGUAAUCCCAGCACUUUGGGAGGCCGAGGCAGGUGGAUAACGAGGUCAAGAGAUCGAGACCAUCCUGGUCAACAUGGUGAAACCCCGUCUCUACUAAAGAUACAAAAAAUCAGCUGGGCAUGGUGGCGCGUGCCUGUAAUCCCAGCUACUCAGGAGGCUGAGGCAGGAGAAUUGCCUGAAUCCAGGAGGCGGAGGUUGCAGUGAGCCAAGAUUGCGCCAUUGCACUCCAGCCUUGGUAACAAGAGCAAAACUCCGUCUCCAAAAAAAAAAAAAAAAAAAGAA